AUGUGUUCCUGUAGCCUUUACCCCCAACCGCAUCCUUAUCCACAUCCCCACAACCGCUCGCACACCUCCCACUCCAAAAGAGGAGCCUCAGCACUUUCCCAUAGCCAAGAGGAGCUUCUCCCCCACUGCCACAGCUUCAGCGGGGGCUCUCGUCCCAAGCCCCUGCCUCCAAAACCUGAUUCCAGCCAGGCCAAAUCAGGCAGCCAAUCUAACCUCAGCCUCAGCACACAGCCUACAGACCAUCCACCACAGCCCUCACCAUCACCACCACAGCAGCCGUCCAUGUCUCCUACCUCCCUCCCAAUGGCCAUCCCACCUCCGCCUUCGUCAUCCUCUGUCUCACCACCAGCAGGGGUAGGGAUGGCAGCCCAGGCCCAGGCUCAGGCUUCAGCCAGUGCCAAACUCCAGUAUCAGAGACUGCGCUCUGUGCCACAGCCACGGAGGUUUUACUCUCCCCACCUGCCACUCAAAGCCAAGAGCCUGUGCUCACGUCGAGGGUCGGCCCACUUUUCCAGCCUGGAGAGUGAGGUAUGA